ACCAUACAUUACGUUAAAUUUGGUCAUCCUUUCCUUCUCUCUCUUUCUUCUGAAUUUUGUUGCGAGAAGAGAAUUUGGUAGAUUCAGAUCUGCGUUGUGUGUGUGUGUCUGAGAAAGGAGAAAAGGUGAGAAAUGGCGACGGUGUCCCCUCUCGCCAAAUACAAGCUCGUUUUCUUGGGCGAUCAAUCCGUUGGCAAAACCAGCAUCAUCACCCGCUUCAUGUACGACAAAUUUGACACAACCUACCAGGCAACUAUUGGUAUUGACUUUUUGUCAAAAACAAUGUACCUUGAAGAUAGAACUGUUCGCUUGCAGCUUUGGGAUACUGCAGGGCAAGAAAGAUUUAGAAGUCUCAUUCCAAGCUACAUAAGAGAUUCUUCUGUUGCAGUUAUAGUAUAUGAUGUUGCUAACAGGCAAUCAUUUCUGAACACUAACAAGUGGGUUGAGGAGGUUCGUACAGAACGUGGCAGUGAUGUUAUUAUUGUGUUGGUUGGAAACAAAACUGAUCUUGUUGAAAAAAGGCAAGUUUCUAUAGAGGAAGGAGAUGCAAAGUCCCGUGAGUUUGGAAUCAUGUUCAUAGAAACCAGUGCCAAAGCAGGCUUCAAUAUCAAGCCUUUGUUUCGUAAGAUUGCUGCUGCCUUGCCAGGGAUGGAAUCUCUUUCUUCUACAAAGCAGGAAGACAUGGUCGAUGUAAAUUUAAAACCCACGGUGAAUUCAUCCCAGACAGAGCAACAAGGAGGAGGUUGCUCAUGCUAGAGAAGACUAUUCUCAAAACAGCCAAUAAUUUGUUCACUGAAUAUAAUUCUGAGAUUGGCUGCUUAAAUGGAAUGAUGGAACUGGAGGAAAAGUGCUUUCAUAUCAAUGAUCCUUCAGUUUUUGGGUGAGGGGGACAAAUUGCAGUAGGUAUUGAUGUACGACACAAACAUUGAUAGUUAUUUCGUUUAUUUGUUAUACAAUUAGUCCCUUGAUGUAAGAAUACAGGUAAUAAACAAGCUCUACAAAUUGUUCCUCCGUCCAGCCCUUUUCUUUUGGUGGCACUCAUCGUCCUAUCCAAAGCAGAAUUGCCUGGGUUUUAGGGGGUGAUUA